AAAGAGCAGUGUACUCGUUGUCAUAACAACUAAGCUAAAUUGUUUACACUCGCGAACUCGACGUGCUGUUAACAAUUAUUUACAAACAGCAAGAUUGGACAUUUUCCUCACGAAAAUGAACACAUUUGUCUGUAAUAAUACUGCGGAGUUGCUCGCAGUUUUCGCAGUUGUGAAUAUUUGAGUAAUUUGAAUUCUCACUGGAACUGCAUUACCUUGUAUUCCAAGACUAGCUAGACCGUUCAACCAUUUACUUUGUAAAACUCAAAUCAAGUUUGGAGCACAACCAUGGCAAAACAUUGACUUUCGGGUUAAGACGUUAAACGUUUCUGAAAUCAUGAAUAUUCGAUGACAAUUUCCACAGUGGCUGAGAGAGUGCGCAGCUUUUCAGAAGCUAUAACUGCACAAGCUUUGCGUGACGCCAUCACAAAUUCCAGAAGUAAAUCACAGCACCUGCAAUCUUUGGAAGAUAUUGUGCAAGAUAUAAAUGGUACAGUCCAUGCCAGUAGCAUCAACGAUCUGGACAACUUUAAAAAAAUGGAAAAAAUGGAAGCAAUCACUGAAGAGUCUAAUAAAAAUUCUUUCAAGUUUAGCGAGAAAGACGCAGGGAAAGAACAACUUCCAAAUGGAAUGCUUCCUCGCGAUCAUGGAAGCAGCGGAGACGAAGAAGAUGUGUCUUCUUUAAGCAGUGAUUCAAAGAGUCUCUCUGAUGUAAGUCUUGAAGAUAGCACAGAAAGUGACGAAUUGGUAGUAAUGAAUAAAAAAGACGUUUUACCAAAACACGCUAGCACACCAAAACCUUCAGCCUCUGUUACUAAAUCUCCAAGUUUUGAGCAGAAAGAAGAUGCAAGUCGCGUCAGUGCGGAUAUAGUGACGGAAAAUGAAAGUAAGACAGAAACUAUAAGAGUGAAUAUAGCAGGCACUCCGGGAAAACCAAAUGAAAAAUUAAGUCCUAUAAGAGGUAAAUAUAAUGGUCGUCUAAAGAGGCAGCUCGCUUUAGACAGCAAAAACACUAGAGGUUUAACUGGAAAAUCAAAUGCCGCUACUUCUUCAUCAAAUUCAACUGGUGACAGUUCGGUAAUCAUACCGAGUUCAAAUAAUCCUCCCGAUUUGAUCAAAAGCAAUUUGAAUAAUUCCGGAAGUGAUGAUUCCGACCACAAAGAUCAUACGAGAAUUCUCGCAGAGCUGCAAAAGAUCGUACGUGACGAUGAAUUGAAUGGUGAAAGCUCAAAAGCAAAAAAGACGGAUCACAAGACAGUCGAUAACGGUGAAACGGUCCGUGAUAGUCAAGAAAUAGAUGGUAAAGAUAAGAGGGGAAACGGUGAGGUGGUACAUGAAGGUACACAUGAGGGUAAACACGACGGUAUAAAUAGUAGGGUUAUGAAUACUUCUGUGAUAGAGAAGAUAGAUGAAGAGAUGAAUAAAGGUAGCGAAGAAGGAUAUCCUCAAGACGAUGUAAAAAGCAGUGAAAACAGCAGUCAUUUGCAAAAAGAGGAUACAAAUACAAUUAUCAAUGAAAUAUCAGAGAAUGCCGAAAAGUAUAAACAUGAUGAAGCGAAGGCGAAUGAAGAAGAACAAAACAAAAGUGAAGAUCAUGGCGAAGAAAAUACGCGUAAAAUCAUUUCAGUGACUCCAGGUCAACUUGCUCAUGAUAGCGAAACUUCGCUUUACAACACAAUGCAGGAACUUACAGCCAACACUCGACCCGAAACAACAAAUACAAAAGGUAGCAUUCCACUACCAACGACGAGCACACCCGCGAAUUCGGAGAGUAUCCUAAAUCUUGAGAGGAAACUUUCGGAUUUACAAACCUCGAACGCGGAGCAAACCGCCGAAGUUCGACAGUUGAAAUCGCUGAAUGAAAGUCUCAAAGAGCAAUUUCAAAAACUGGAAGAAAAUUCAAGCCAUCGUCAAAUUAUUGAGGAGAGGAUGCUGCAAAGAAACGAGGAGCUUGAAAAACAUCUACUUGGUAUGUUAAAGUCACAGGAGGUCAUAUUUGACAUGCAGAAUAACCUUAAGGCCACAUCUGCUGAUAAGGAAAAGUUGACGAACGAUUAUAGAGAAGCAAUCAAGGCUUUGGAAGCCGUCGAUAAGUUGUUCGGACAAAAAGAUGCCCUGGUGAAGAAAUGGAAGGAAGCGACAGAGGAAUCCAGGAGACUUGUUGAACUGCUAAAAAAACACAAUGCAGAGGUGGAUGAACUUGAAACGGUUGACAAGUUAAAAGAACAGAUCACCGAUCUUAAGAUCAAGCUUGCUCACACCGAAGAGAAAACGACACGUAGCGACGCUAAAUGUGACGAUCUUGCCGAGCAAGCACAAGCGUGGAAAGAGAAAUACGAACGAGAAAAUGAAAAAGCGGUGAAGCUUAAUUUUGAGCUAAAGGAAGCGACCAAAGAAUUGAAUAAUCAACAAAAGUUGUCAAGUAGACGCGGGAAAAAAAAUCAAACGCUGCAGUUGGAAAUAACAGGACUCAAAGACGCCCUUAAGCUAACCAAGGAGAAACUUGAAGAUAAUGAACAAAGAUUUAAAGAGCUUGAUAGAAAGCAUUCCAAUACACAAGAGAUGUACACGAAGAUAAUUCAUGAGAAAGAGAUGCAGCAUAGUGUUUUAAUCAAGAACUCCGAAUCUUAUCAAAAGGAUCUUGUAUUAAACAUCGAGAAUACUGAACAGCUAAGAAGAGAAGCAGAAUCGUUAAAGGAAAACAUCAUAGCAUUGAAAAGUGAAAAAAAUGCCAUCACGGAGAAACUGCGUAAUCAUAAAUCAUCUUUGGAUGAAACCUUGAAAGGAAAAGCGGAACUUACUGAAAGAUUGAUAAACUUCAAUCAGAUUUGGAAGCGUCAAAGAUCGAAGCAAUUGAUAACGAACUGUAUGUUGAAGAACAGACGGUCACCAUACAGGAACUAGAAGAACAUUGUAAGAAACUUCAAGAGGCGUUGAAAAAAAUUAUCCACUCAGAUGGACGUUC